CAACAUUAAACCGUAGAAGAAGAGACUUCCGGGUGGUUUGUUAUGGUUUGUUGUCCUGACAGCAGUUAGCCGUUAGCCGUUAGCUCGGAGCUGAAACCUCAGUAAUAAAGUAAUAAAUCAAUAACUGAGUGAAGAUGUCCGCUGCAGAGGACGACACGGAGCUGCGGGACCUGCUGAUCCUCAGCCUGGAGAACACCGGGGUCCUCCACAGGCUCAAGGCAGAGAUGAGGGCAGCAGUGUUCCUGGCCAUGGAGGAGCAGGACAAACUGGAGAAUAAAAGCCCUCUGAUCAAUGAGAACCUGAAGAAGUGUCUCAACACCAGAGACGGUCGUCUGGUGGCCAGCCUCAUCAUAGACUUCCUGCAGGUCUUCAACCUGGACUUCAGCCUCAACGUCUUCCAGCCAGAGAUCAACUCACUGAGCGGUCUGGAUGGGCGGGACCAGGUCUGCAGGGACCUGGGUCUGUCAGAGUCUGAGGUCAACAGGAACUCUCCUCUACUGCUGGAGGUCAUCAGGAGAGGACGAGUCAAACCUGCCGAGGGAGACAGAAGAGGAAACGUCCCCAAGGAACCGUCUCAGAAACAGAUCUCAGUCGCUCGGAAGAAGUUCGACUUCUACGACAAGGACGGGAGCGGCUCGGUCGCAAAAGAAGAUGUGAAGAAUGUUUUCACAGACCUGUUCCCCACUGUGAACAGGGUCCUGCUGGAGCAGUCCCUGGUGGAGGAGCUGAGAGCUGCAGCCUCCAACAAGAUAGACUUCCAGAUGUUUGUGGGUUUCUACAGACGUCUCUUCUCUCAGUGCAGAUCUGUGGUGCUCCAGGACUCUGAGGAGCAGCUCGUCUCUCCAGCUGUCAGUAAGAUCCCCAGAUAUAGAGGAGGACAGAGUCCCUCAGCAGCUCAGGAGGACGGGACGUCUCUGGCGAAAGGAGACUUCCGGCAGCCUGGCCCUAGGACCGCCUCCUCCUCCUCCUCCUCCUCCUGCUCCGGCUCCGGCCUGAAGAAGGAGCGUCUGGAUCUGGACCUGGAGGUGGACGACGACCCCGACGACGGGGAUUCGUUCUUCGACGACCCGCUGCCCAAACCACAGAAGACCUACGGCUGUCGUCCUCCUCCUCCAGGAGAGAAGGACUCCUCAGAGCCAGAUGUUGUCCCCCUGAGGGAGGAGUGUCUGUCUGGUCCGGUCCUGUCCCCCAUGAGGCGAGGCAGAAGCCUCAGCGAUCUGUCUGUCCUGGCUGCUGACUCAGAGGAGGGAGAUGAUCGUGUCUCUGAACUCAGUCAGACCUCUGAGCUCAGGAAGGUGGAGGCAUCCGGGGCCAGAGGGAGUCCGGCAGGGUCCCUGUCAGAGGCCCAGAGACCAGGAGGAGGAGGAGGAGGAGGAGGAGGAGGAAGCAGCGCCUCAGAGCAGAGCAACAGCAGGAACGGAGCGUCCAACCCCAGAGAGAGGGGCUUCAGAGACUCCAAGGCCCUCAACGAUAAGACUGGAUCUCUGCAUUUAGAGGACGAUGUUGAAUAUGACGACGACUUCAACAGUCAUCGCUCGGAUCUCUCCAAGAGCGAGCUCAGCAUCGGCGAGGAGAUCGAGGAGGUUUCCAUCGAGGGACCCGACCACAGUGACAAGUUUGAUGAAACCACUCAGGACCUGAGCGUCUCUCAGCUCAGUCAGAGUCACGGAGCCGACUACAUGGAGGACGUCAACUGACCGUACGCCGUCCCAUCAUGCACCUCUUUGUAUCCUCAAUAUUUAAGUCUGUACAGUUUCAAUGAGCAAAAUAAAACGAUUUAUACUGAGACAACGCUGUUUGACAACUCUGUUUUUCUUUCUGUGUAACCAACAGAGUAUCGUCUCUAGAGGUGGGGACACAGCAUAGUAGCGCCAAGUUUUGUGUGGCGAUAUUAUAUCGAUUGAUGGCCACCGAGUAUCUAUAUUUAGUGUUCCGACGGCAGUAUUUUCACCAUUUGUUUUUUCACGGAGGCCGUAGUGGGCUUACUUUUAGGAAAAUACUGGAUAUAGUUGUAUCAUAUGAAACUAGAAGAUCUAAGGAACAGAUGAGGCAGGUUAAAGUAAUAUAAAGUGAAAACAGGCCCAGCUGUUUGGAUUUAAAGACGCAGUGCACUGAAUGUUUAAAAUCACUUUGUUGACAUUUUUGUUGACCAUUAAAAGUUUGCUGAUUUGACUAUUAUCAC